GUCGGAAGAAGCCGAGGCCCGGACCCGCCAUCGCUGUGCAGCAGGAAGCUGCACCUGGGAACCGGCCAUGCGGAGCGACUCAUCGACAUCCUUAGCCGGAUCGAGGUGGGCGGCGGGUCCCCUCCGGAGCAGCGAACCCUUACCCACCGGCCCCCCGACCCCCCUGGCGGUAUUCCUGCUGGAAGAGGCCUCUGACCAGCUCGUGGUGCAUUUGGACUUCAGGGCGGCCCUGGAGACGUGUGAGCGGGGCUGCGAGACCCUGGCCUCCGAUCCCAAGGACGAGUGCAGGGACAGCUCUGCGGAGGUGAAGUGCUCCCUGUGCGUCGUGGGGAUCCAGGCCCUAGCGGAGAUGGACCGGUGGCGGGAAGUGCUGCCGUGGGUCCUCCGGUACUACCCGGGCCCGGAGAGCCUGCCUCCUCAACUCCUGGAGCUGUGCAUCCUCCUGUACAGCCGAGUGCGGGAGCCCCAGGUGAUGCUGGAGGUGGCGGGCGACUGGCUGAGAGAGCCGGCCAACCGGGACCUGCGGGAGUACGGGGCUUUGGCGGAGCUUCACCUGCUGCGGGUCCUGUUGCCGCUGGGCCGCUGGGCGGAGGCGCGGGAGCUGGCCCGGGGCUGCGCGGGACUCAGCGAGGAGCAGCGGCUGGGAGCCCUGGAGGCCGUCGACCGGGCAAGGCAGCGGGAAGGGCAGCCCGGCCCCGAGGAGGUCACUCGGCCAACCCCGGAGCAGCGGUGCUCCCCGGCCACGGAGAACCGGGCAGGCUCCGUCCCCCACAAGGUCUUGGCCCUGCUGACGUGGCUGCGACGGGUGCUGGAGUCGGGGGCGGGUCACCUCCUGGCCCUUCCUUUCAAGAAGGCCCUGCUGGCUGCUUUGGUCCUGGGCCUCUUGGUGCUCAGGUUUGACCCAGGCAGCUCUUCGACGCUGCCUCUCCUGCGCGGGCUGGCCCGGCUCUUCCGCUGGCUCCGAGGAGCCGUGCUCUCCCCCCUCUACCGGCCCCCGAUCCGGGACUGAGCAGAAGAUCCUGUCCCGGCGCCUCCCGCCUCUGUUCGCCUCUUGAGCAGUUUCACUCACCCACCCCAGCGUUUCCCCCCAUCCCGUGAUUGGGGAAAAGGGGCUGGAAAUGGGGACCCCCCCAGGGCUCCUGGAAGGUGACACCCCUCCACCCCCCGAGCCAUGCUGUGAAGGAACAGAAUUGACUGUGGGGAAGGUGGGCCUGAACCAACCUUCACUGCUGCCCCUCUCUGGGAUAGGGUGGGGCAGGAUUUAAGGGUCCUCCCCAGGGAGGGUCCCCUGAAAGGGUUUCGACAUUUGGAAUCACACCUCUUCUGCGACACGUUUGCCCAUGCACACACCCAUGCACGUGUAACAUAUACACGUGUGCGGGCACGCUCACACAAUGAGGUAUUCUGUUGUCCUUAGCAACCACUGCGGAAGGUAGCUCUCCGGGGAGGAUCUUGAAGGGGGAUGGAAGCUUCCAAAUCACGAUAGGGAGGACCAGGAGAAGGGGAGCAGGAAGGUCUCGCAGGUCGGGCGAUGGCCACCACCAAAGGUCCACCCUCCUCGAUCGAGCACAGUCCUCGCCCUCGAAAGGGGUUUUCCCUGGCCCAACAGGAUGACGGUGGGGGUGCCGCCCUGCUGCCCGGACCUCCUUGGCGUGGGGAGGUGCCGACCUAGCACCGGGCCCCUCGCUCACGCUCUCGGGGCAAGACCCUGCCCCACCUUCCCCCUCUACUGAAAGCAAAUGAGUCUUCAGCUUCCUUAUCUCUCGGGGUAAAGUGACUCUGUCUGAUGCACCUUGGCCCGCAGCUCAGUUUUCCACUGGACUGGGCGGGGAGGGGCUGGCCUGGCUCUGUUACUCUGACUGUCGGGGGCCCCACUUCUGCCUUGCUGUGUCCUUGAAUGGCCGUCUGGGUGAUUUCGAGGGCCCCAGCUGAGACGAGGACACCUCUGGCCCCGAUCUACUGUAACCCCCCCUCCCCAAUUUGCGCCCCCCGAGCUCCGUCCCCAUUUUGAAGACGCGAACUGGCAUUUGGUUUGGGGGUCCGUUUUCACUCGGGCUGCCUGAGAAGCGGGCCGACGCCGAGGUCUGGGGGGCUGGAGACAGAGUCUGGGGUGCUGAUCGGAGCCGGAGGAGAGGGAGAACACAUGCCGGAAAUAAAACUUUGGCUGAAA